CCCACUCAGCUCUCCGCAUCAGACGCACGGAGCUCCACCGACUCUCACACACUCCGUCCACACUUUGUUUCCAUUUCGCUCCGCUCGCCGUGGCCAAGACUCACCAUCACACACAACCAGCUGCGGGCUACCUGUACGCACUGCGGCCGGCCCACACGGGGAGUGGUCAGACUCUUCUGUCAUUAACAGACUGAAGGGAAUAGAGAGAGAGAGAGAAACUAAACACGGUCGAGGUUAGAGAGAGGAUCAUUCACUGAGACAGGGGGAAAGAGAAGCCACAACUUGGCUGAUUUCAACGCAGGCAGUCUGAACUGAACUCGAAGUUUCUUGGCCGAUCGGAGAAGGAAUAAUUUGGAGCCCGGUUGCCCCACACAGCGCUGUUGUGGAUAUUUACGUCCACCUGGUCUCCUGUUUAGAAGAAUGGCGAGAGAUUACGCAGGACGCUGUCCGGUCUCUCCGGUGAGAAACACUUGGCUCGUGGCCGCAGCGAUCCUCCUCGCAGCCCAAGGUAUCGGGGCUCAAAAAGUGCGAGUUGAUGAGGAGGUGGAGGCGUAUCCCACAGAGUCUGUUGAUCUCCGCUGCCAAUUCAUCGAUGGAGGAGGCAAAACCAAACUCACACAGGUGUCUUGGAUAUGGGAACCUAUUGAUGGUCAGAGGGACAACAUCGCUGUAUACCACCCUAUCUACGGACACAGUUUCCCCAACUUGUCCUUCAAGGACCGAGUUGCCUUCCUCCACAACAGUCUAGAGAACCCGUCCAUUAAGAUUUCUAAUCUAAGAAUGUCCGAUGCCGGCCGUUAUACCUGCGAGUAUGCCACCUACCCUUCUGGAAACGAACAAGGGACGACCACCCUCAUCAUGCUUGCCAAGCCUAAGAACUCAGCCAACGUUGUGACCGUCCAGGCUGGUUCCAAGUCGGUGGUGGUGGCCCAGUGCGAGGCGGCGGAUGGCAAACCAGCAGCCACCAUCAAAUGGCUGGCGUCGGUUGGGGGCAACCAUUCAACCACCACGACAAACGGGCCGGACGGCACUGUGACAGUGCGUAGCGACUAUCGGCUGGUUCCUACGCCAGCAGAUAACGGCAGGGAGGUGACCUGCAUGGUGGACCAGAGGACACAGGAUCAGCCGUGGGUUAACUCUGUCAAGCUCUCUGUGGAGUACCCCCCUUCUGUAUCCAUAGAUGGCUACGACAACAACUGGUACGUCGGCCGUUCAGGCGCGGUGCUCCUCUGUGUGGCGAACGCCAACCCUGCGCCCACCACCGUCACCUGGACCGCGGCGUCCGGUUCUUUGCCAGACACGGUGAUGGUGGACGGCAACAAGCUGAUGGUAAGGAAAGUGGAUGACGCCGUCAACACCACUUUCAUCUGUGAGGUCAAGAACAAGUACGGGGCAAGCAGGCACCAGAUAACCACCAUCGUCAAUGAAGCCUUGGAGGAUCCGUCCAGUGCCGGCGUUGUGGCGGGCGCCGUGAUCGGCUCCCUUCUGGCCCUUCUAUUGGUUGUCGCGCUCAUUGCCGUCCUUCUGAGCCGAAGUCGCCGGCAGCAGAGACGUGGCUACCCCAGCAGCGGGGACUCCAUAGCUACUGGGAGCGGUGGCAGCAAUGGCGGAGAGUAUGGCAAUAAAGCUCGCCUGCUCUUCAGUGGAACUGGCAAUAACAGCAGUAAGAACGGGACCGGGGCGAACAACAAUGGGCCCAUCUACACCUACCGGGAGGGCUGCGACGCCACAGGGACUCUAACGGAAAAGGCCAACGACUACCACCACCACCAUCUCCACCAUGCCUCAAUUGGCAAACCCCCCUCCGCCCACGACAUCCUCCUUAGUGACGAGAUGGAUGAAGCUGGGAGGAGGAAGUUUGAGCUGGAUGAUAGCAUGGAGGAAGAAGAAGAGCGAUACGAUAGGUUUGGAGUCGUCGGGGGAGGCGGGAACAUGCUACCUCCAGUCUAUCACGUCCGCAGAGGCCAUGGUGGUGAAGAAGAAAUGGAUGUGUACCUCGACGACGACAUGGAGUCUCAGAGAGACGGCUCUGUUAUUUCCCGGACUGCCAUUUAUGUCUAAGGACGUAGAGAGGAAAGGAAAGGUGAGGGCUGAGAAUAGGGAUAAGAGAUGUGGUGGAGGAAGAGGGGAGUUCGAGCCAGGCCCCUUUGCCACCAAUUAGAACAACAUCGCUUCCAUCAGCUAAACACCUACCUGCUUAACAUUCAACCUGAUUAAAGAGAUGCCAUCACUUAUAUCCUCUCUGCUUGACACCGACUGUAUAAUUUUAUAAAAAGAGGAUUAAAAGAAAAAUAAUAGAAAGGAAGUCGAAAGGAAGUCGAAAUGAAGUCAUUGUGAAACUGAUGAACGAAAACUUGUGAUUGCAGUAGUGCACUGUGGCUGAAUGUGUGACUUUGUUGUCUGUAUUAUGGAGACAAAUUUCAUUCAGUGUCAGCCAAAUAUACAAAAUGGAAAAAAAAUACUGCAAAAAGCAAACAAAAACCAGAGCGACUCUGAUGCGAUGCUGCUUAUUGCUGCGUUCUUGUUUCUUCAGCUUUGCAAGUGUGUGAUUGUGUUGAGUGACUACAUUGUUUGUAUUUUAUACCUUAUCAGGAAACAUGAUUGCAAAACCGGGAGCACGUUAACCACUAUUCCAAAAUAAGCACUAUUCAAAAAUCGCCUUCCUUGUUUUAAAGUAAAUGGAAAAAAACCUUUAUCAUGUCGAUCUCUACAUAAAACUGUCCAAACAGCUUCUGUGGAUGUUGCCUCUGUGCUGCAGACGCCAGCUCUUCUAACAUGCCUGGGACUUCACCCCAAUUGUUUAGAAAGUUGAAAAGCCAAACUCGACGUCCUGGCAACGAUGAUGGAGUUUCUGUUCAUCCCAGUGAUUACUUUUUUGGGACUUACAGUAACUUGGGGGUUCCCGCCCCACCCUAUGACACCACCUGGUUUCCUGAUGGGUGCCACUGAAGCGAGGGCCACUAAACUGAGUAACAUAACAGACUUAACAGUGUGUGCUAAUGUGUGGCUGGCUGUGGUGUUAAUGAUGUGCAUCAUCUAUAUAUUGGGCGCCGUCUCACUAUAGCACAGUUGUUAUUGUUGUUGUUGUAGAUGUUGUUGCUGUUGUUGUUGUUACUGUUGUGUAAUGGUGUUGAUCUAGCUAAAGAAAAGACGCACCAAGAGCCUUGGGGUUUUCACACAGUACCACAUUGGGCCGGUAAUGACUCAUUUAAUGGGUAAAAAAAAAAAGAUGUGCUUUUCUUUAUUUUCUAACUAUUUUUCCCCUUUCCUCUUUAAGUCUAUUCUCUCUUUCUCUGUAUUUACUCUCUUUAUUUCUGCUCUUUUCUGCCUUUCUUUUUUCUUUUUCUCUGUCUGUUCCACAUACAUCCUGCACCAUUUGUAUGUUUUCCUGACACUGUCCCACACCCAUUACAUCUCUCUCUGAUUUUGCUCUUUCUUUAUUUACAUAAUGGGCGGCUUAGACGAGUGCCGCAAUGACUGUGUGCAGGGAGAAGGGGAUAACUCGUAUUUAUAUUCCUAACUGGGUCGCAUUCAACGAGGCAAAAUAUUCACUGGCUUUGUUGGAGGCUGCUGUAUUUCAUGUAUUCAUUUUUUUUUUUCAUUCAUGUCCCACAGAAUGUUCUUAGGCUAUGUACCGGAUUAUUCCAUGUUCUGUAUUCUGAUUGGACAGAGAGACACGGUCUAAGACACAUUUCAAGAGAGGAUGUGAGAGCAGGCUAAAUUAAAUCCCAAACCUGUGUUUCUUGUACACUGCAAAACUACAGUUUUGGAUGGAUAUUUUUUGCAACACAUUUGCUGACGCUUAAUAAGAGUUGAGAACUGAGAUGCAGCUCUUAAGUUUCUGGAACACAUUUGCCUUAUUGAGUCCCACAAUGUUCCUACUCAUCACUGUGGAGGGAAAAUCUCUGAAUCAUAGAAAAACCACAAUGGAAGUGCAUAGAGAGCAUGGUCAAAGUUAGAAAAGAUAGUGAGCAAGGCCACAGUUACAGAGAACUGAAAGAAGAACACACUAGACUAUUGUUACAUGCUUUGGCAGCUGAACUGAGCACACCCUCUGCUUUUCAAGCUCAACAUGUCACAUCAUAACCACACAUUUACUUACUGUAGACGUACAGUGUUUGACUUUGGUGGCUGGAGUCAUUUUUCAGUCAAGGGUACUGUGUCUAAAAUUAAAAAAUAAAACAGUAUGGUAUAUAUUUACAAUUUUGCAUAAUUUUAGUCAAAUCCACUACAGUGUAUUUGUAUCUUUGGGAUGUUCUUAAUACCACACAAGUAAUAUUUAUGGGAAAGGAUCUGAAAAGGGAAUCUUUAAGGAAUGUGAUGAUCUUCAACACUGGAAAGGUCAGUACAUUUUGAGUGGGUUAACUGGCCUGCUUACCGAAAAUGAUUGAAUACUCAUUUUACGUCUUGUCCCAAUUCUUUUACUAUGUCUCAUUACAACGUAAGACUAUAUUGUGAUAAUAUUUAAGAUGUUAUUACACAAAAUGCUUUAUAUCUACUGUUCUGUGUGUUUAUGAUCUGAACACAGACUUAAAUUGAAAGCUGAGAUAUUUCAGAUUUGAAAUUUGUUGAUUGUUGUUGAACAUUAUACACUGUGCAAUCUGUUAUUCUGUAAAUGAGACAGUUAUAUCUGCUAUGUUACAAUACAUUUCAGUGGAUACAUUCCAUACCAUUUCACAGUGUGUUUUGGAUAGGUUGCCAAUUAAUCUCAAAGUGACUGAGAAACAGCCAUAAUGUAACUUUUGUUGCCACACGUGUCACAUGUAGUAGGUCUUGUUUAUUGUAUCACUGCAGUACAGUUUGGAUUAAAGUAUUGAAGUUUGUUUUUAACUCUGUAGGGUGCAUGCACACUCCAAGAUUCAGAUGUUUAAGCUCUGGAGAAAGAAAAAAAAGACCUGUUUCAUCAUUUAGAUAAAAAAUAUAUGGUACAAGGUAUCCGGUUGCAAUUUGAUCCUAUAAUUGAUAUUUACAAAAAUGUUUUGUUAUAUUUGAAAUACUGUGUUACAAAAAUUUUAAAUCUUUUAUUUUCUUAUUAGUGUUUAAAAUAUUUAUGAUUUUCACCCUGGCUUUUUGGAGGCACUCAGUUUCAUCUCGCUCCAGCACAUUUACCCUCUAUUUGGCCAUUGUAUGCCUCAGCACUUCUUUUCUCCAGGGGUUUCUUGCAGCACCAUAAUUCGAAACAGUCGACUGUGAUCACAACUUUGGGGCCUAAUUAGUCCCAGAGUCUUGUAGCGUGCAUGUACCCUUAGUGAGAAAACUCAUCAUCAGUCAUAACUUUUGUUUUUGCACAACCCAUUUUCAAUAAAAAAAACCUUUAUGAAACAA